AUGCGUGAGGCCAACCAAGCGGUCAAACGAGAAAAACAUUUGAUGCCCACAAUCGAUGACCUGGUAGCUGAUUUAAAUGGUGCAGCCGUGUUUACAACUUUGGAUCUAUCCUCUGGCUACCAUCAACUUGAACUUGCAGAAGAAAGCCGGCACAUCACCACGUUCAGUACACACCUCGGCCUUCGAAGGUACAAACGACUUCUGUUCGGCAUCAAUGCCGCCUCUGAGAUCUUCCAAAACACCAUUGAAGAGCUGCUGACUGGCCUACCAGGCUGUAAGAACAUAUCCGAUGAUAUAAUCGUUUUUGGCAAAGAUCAAGCCACUCAUGAUGCCAACCUCCGUCAAGUCCUUGAAAGGCUAAAGUCCCACAACCUUCGCUUAAACAAAGAGAAGUGCCACUUUUCGAAAUCGGAAGCAAUGUUCUAUGGUCACAUUUUCAGCGCGGAAGGACUACGCCCCGACCACAAGAAGGUUGAAGCUAUCCAGAAUGCCACACCUCCGCGGAGUUCAAGUGAAGUCAAAUCUCUCCUCGGAAUGGCCCAGUACCUGUCACGCUACAUACCCGGUUAUGCUGAUAUCACAGCUCCUUUGCGUGCCUUGACAAAAGACGACGCAACCUGGAAAUGGGAAGAAAUCGAGCAAGCAGCCCUUGACAAACUCAAGAAAGCUUUCACUGACAACCAAGUCAUGUCAUACUUCGAUCCUCACCAAGCCACAGAAGUGAUUGUUGAUGCAAGCCCUGUUGGUCUUGGUGCACUGCUAGUCCAAAACGACAAAGUUAUCUGCUAUGCCAGCCGCGUCCUGUCUGAUGUCGAAACUAGAUACUCUCAGACUGAGAAAGAAAUGCUCGCAGUAGUUUGGGCCGUUGAGCACUUCCACCUUUACCUAUAUGGUGCUCAAUUUACCAUCAUAACCGAUCAUCAGCCCCUCAUUGGUAUCUUUCGCAGUCAUAAAGCCACCUCCGCGCGAAUUGAUCGCUGGAAGCUUCGUUUAAUGCCUUACAACUAUCAUCUUGUCUACAAACCUGGUAAAGAUGAGAAAAACCCAGCUGACUUCCUUAGCCGACACCCAAACUGCUCAGAGCCCCAACCGGAAAGCGUUGCUGAAGAAUACGUUAACUAUGUAUGUGCCAAUGCCGUGCCCACCGCCAUGACCCUUCAAGAAAUCCAGCUUGAAACAUCAGUUGAUGACACAAUGCAAAUGGUCAUUCAAGCCAUCGAAACCAACAAUUGGUCGGAUCCGUCCACGACAGAAUACAAGAAAGUGAGUGACGAACUGUCAGUACAUAAAGGAAUUAUACUUCGUGGACACCGAAUCGUAAUGCCCACCUCCUUAAGACGCCGGACAAUCCAUCUCGCACACAUUGGUCAUCAAGGAAUCAUUAAAACCAAACGCCUACUCCGCUCGAAAGUCUGGUUUCCUAACAUCGACAAGAUGGUCGAAGAAACCAUUCAGAAUUGCCUCCCUGCCAGGCUGCUACUUCGGGCAACCACCCUCCACCUGAGCCACUCAAGAUGACCCAGCUGCCAUCCGCACCUUGGAAAGAAGUUGCAAUGGAUUUCCUGGACCCUUUUCCAACCGGCGAAUACCUCCUAGUCGUAAUCGAUGCGUUUAGUCGGUUCCCCGAAGUUGAAGUACUCACCACGGUUUCCGCAAAAGCUGUCCUUCCAAAGUUGGAUGCAAUAUUUUCACGACAAGGCCUUCCAGAAGUUCUGAAAAGCGACAAUGGCCCACAAAGCGACAAUGGCUUCAACAAAGACCGAAACGGAAC